AUGCCAGUCACUUUCAAGGUCGCAACGCAUCCUGCGAAGAUCGUUGGUGGAAACUACGACAAUGGGUUUACGGCACGAGAAAUCCUCGCUGAAGCCUGCUCCUCGCAAUACAGAAAAGCAGGAGCAAUCAGAGGAACAUCAUUCGAGGACCCUGAUGAAGUCGACCAUUAUCAGCCAACGCCUGAGCGGAUCUAUAAUAUCAUUCCGAAACCAAAUGGCUUCUUCUUUGCUCUGAGCGAGGCUUACAACAAGCAUCACAUACUCGUUCUCCGUCCAGACGAUGUCUGGCUUGCCAUUCUUGUGCAGUUCAACUUCUUUGUCAACGCCAAUUCGGAGCUCCUCCGCGCAAGCUUUGUCGGUCACGAAGGCACAAGAAAUCUUAUGGUCAAUCAGGCCACUUUAUCCGACUUUGGCGAGUUUGCGCGGGCUAUGGUUCAUGAGAUCGACAAGAAUGUUUCGGACCCGACUCUCCGGGCUUGGGUGCUUCCCGACUUCACCACGACAACCGAACGCGAUACCACCGUCGCCUCUGUGACACUGAUGGCCACAUUAAAGACAUACUUCAGCUACUCUUUCGGGGCUGUGGCGUGUGGUCUGCCUAGUGUAAGACUCGAGGGAGAAAAGGCAGAUUGGGAGAAACUGCUGCAAAGGGCAGACAAGCUGAAGGAAUACGGGCUGCAAACAAUUGCGUGGUACCAUCUCCUUGUCCCUGUCCUCACCCGCUUUAUCAAGUCAUUCGAUGAGCCAAAGUCCAAAAACACCAUCGAUUUCUGGCAGACGGUCGCACACUAUCAAGCGGGAGGAAGCGGACCCCGCACAUAUACUGGGUGGGCCAGUGCAUUUUGCGUGUUCAAUGAGAAUGGAAGAUGGAUUGGUUUCCCAUUGAAAAAGCUGGAGGAUGUCUCUUCCACCAUGUCGCCGGAAUCUCUCACUGCCAAAGCGUUUUGGGCAAAGUACCUCAAACGCACGAAUCAUCGUGAUGGACUUUUGCUGGACGACACGCCGUAUCAUGUUAUGGAUGCAGGGCAGAUCCCGCCCUGCUAUGCUGAAGUAAACGUCUUGCUUGUUGAUUCUGCCGGUGAGGAGGGAAGUACCACAAUGACGGCGGGUAUUAUCGCCACAGAGGUGUGCUCCAGCGGAGAAUUGAUGAAGUCAGAGGGCUACAAGGGCGAAAACGAUACUGUUAAGCCAUUGGCAGGGUGGUGGUUGUUUGACGAGAAAGUUCGUUAA